UAUAACUUUACUUUUCUUUUUAUUAAUUAACUAUAGAUCUACCCAAAUUAAACGCUAUGUGUUGAUCUGCAUGCAGCAAAAAAUAGUAAUAGAGGUCACAAUGGAGAAUGAGAAAUGGAGAAGCAAGGCUCUCAAAAUUGCUUCAGAGGAAAAAGGCGUGACUUCGGUAUCAGUGAAUGGUGAUAACAAAUUGGAAGUGAUUGGUAACAACGUGAACACGGUUUGCCUUGCUAAGCAGCUCAGCAAGAAGUUUUGCCCAGUCACAAUCCUCUCUGUGGAAGUACUGAAACCACCCAAAGAAAAAGAAAAAGAAAAAGAAGUAGCACCACCACCAGCAGCUCCAGCAGAAAACCCUCCUCGUCGUCAUGAUGACGGAUGUGGUGACGGCAACAUCCCUUUUAUACCGGGACGGUAUUAUCCACCGUGUGAUCGGAUGGUGGUUGUCGUCUGUGAUUCAUACAAUGACUGUUAUGAACCUGGUUGCACUAUCUUCUGAUGAUGGAUGGAUAUUCACCACCACGCCAAUAAUAUAGUGCAGGCCUACUGCAUUACUCUUCUCCACUUAUCUCUCUCUCUCUCUCAAGUGGUGAUUCGAAAACUCAUCAAGUUUUUGCUAAAAUAUAGACACAAUGGAAGAAUCUUAAUCAUCCAUCUUGUAUGGUUUCACGUACAGUACUAGAUAAAUGAUUAUUAAAAUCUUGGUUCCUCUCUA